UAAAACUCCAACAUGCAGAAGGUUCUCACAUAAACUUCUUCAUUUAUAACGGAGUAUUUUCAGUCAUGUAACGAUAAUUUCCAUAGAAGUAAUCAAAGGAAUGUUCACAAGCUAUUAAGAGGAGUAACAUAUGAUAAGGAAAAAUGGCCGAAACAAUGGAAAGUCUUCAGCGUUGUAUUACUUACAACAGGAAUAGAAAGCACCACGAAGCCAUACGGAGCGGUAAGGAUUGCUUGGUCAUGGCUAUCAAAAUAGGYGACAGAAAAACGGAAAUGAAAGUGACGUACGAAUUGUGCUUUGCGAGCUAUCAUGUAGGUCAAUACAACAAUGCUAUCAUGUAUGGAAAUCAAUGCCUUGCAAUAGCAAUGGAAGUUGACGAGAAAAUCUUCAAAAUAAAGACAAGUUURAUGCUCUGUCGUUCUCACUUUCACGCAGGACAUUUUUCUGAGAGUAUUGGUUGCGGUAGAARGUCAAUUGAUCUCACGAAAGAUGGUGAAUUGAAAGCCUUCGAGAUGGAUGCAUAUUCUAUGCUAUGCCGCGCUCAUUAUCGCUUGGGACAGUAUCAAGACGCGAYUGAUUGUGGGAAUAAAGCCCUAAAUAUAGCCCAGGAACUUCRAGAUAAAACCUCUGAAAUGAAGAUAUCUUUAAUACUAUGCCGUGUUCAUAAGCAUUUUCGAAAGUAUAACAAUGCUAUUCAGCACGGAAAGAAUGCAUUAGUARCGGCCAAGAGGACUGGAGAGAAAGUAUGUCAAAUGAAGGCGUGCAUCAAGCUGUGUUGCGCGUAUUAUCAGCUGAGACAGUACGAUGAUGCUAUUGAAUAUGGUACAAGCUGUCUUGAAUUAGCCCAACAUCUUCGCUCUGGUAAUUCUACUUUCAGUGCCAGUUUGAUGCUAAGUCGAUGCUACAAUAAACUGAAAAAGUAUAACGACACCAUUGCGCAUGAUCRGAUUGAUGGAGAGGAACAAAAAGAAACCAAAAUGGAGACUUUUACAAUUUUGGCAAAUGUAUUUGCUCUAUUGAAUCAGUUUGAUGAAGCRUUCAAGUUUGCGACGAGCGUUCUCGAAAUAGCAAAGCAAAUUCGCGAAGAGCCUGAGAAAGAGAAGGACGCCUGCCUUCUGGUGUGUAAAAUACACAAGCUUCUGAUGACAAACGGCGGUGCAGAUAACAGAAACAUUUAUCUGAAAAACGUUGUUAAAAAACACGCUGAAGCUAUCAUACACGGUUAUCAUAAAACAACUAAUGACAAUUACAUUAUCAAAGAUAGUAAUAAUAAUAGAGUGUGACUAUGGAUGAAAAGAUUUAWUGAUUUCUGCAGCGCAAAUUCAACCCUUACAAAUAUACUUUACAAUAGCAGAACGGAGUCCAAAAUGUUAGUUGUACCUUAUUCGUACUAACUUUCGCGAGGCUUCAAUUUCGCGAUUUUCGCGAUGUAAAGCAAACCGCGUUAAAACCUGGCGAAAAAAGGGAUCCGCGAAAAUUAAAYGCGCGAUAUUUAAUACACUUGUAAUUGCUUUAAUCUUUUAACUUCUUUUCAUGAAAGUCUUGAUUGUAAAUCGAUUAUUGUUUAAGUUAUCAUUCAAUGAAAAAGGAUUUUUAAGUCUCUCUGUCCUAUUUUUCAAUUUUCGCGAAAUUAAGUGCACUAAAUUUAACCUUUUUUUCAAAAUCGCAAAAUUUAAUGCUCGCGAAAUAUUUGUUUCAAAUUCGCGAAAUUAAGUGCUCGCGAAAAUUAGAAUAUGAGCGCAUAUAAAUGCAUGUUCAUUCCAAUAUUCUUUUUUGGU